GUUGUUGCCGCAACUAUUUUCUACAUUUCAGUGCUUACCUUGAGCAUGUGUUUAAAAAUGAAUACCUCCCGCUUCUCUGAGGUUGCUUACUUGAUCGUUGCGGUUCGGCUCUUGAAUAAAAUACAUUUAGGCCCCCAUGGUAUUGGGGUCUCUGGAAAAUGUAUUCCAGAAACCACAACUGAUUCAGGUCCGAUGUACGGAACAGUCGAAACAGCGGUCGUUGUAAGUUCCGAGUUAGCUGCUUCCUUCCAGGAAACAGUUGAUCACCAGCACCAACAACUAGUUGACUACCUGCGCGUCUUAUUCGCUGCCGUCAACCUGAACCUUCGGAAUACGCAGACAGAUAUCCUUGACCUGAUGGUUGUAGUUACAGACAUUGUAGUGCUCACGGAAUAUUCUGAACUUCCAUACAAAAGACAUCCAAGGAACAGAAACCUGACCGAAGCCUCCUCAGCAGCUCUAUUGGUGAGCUUCAUGAAGCAACACCUACACAUAUUUUCUGGAAUUGACGCAGCGCUAUAUUUAAGCAACAACCUGUUUGCUCGUACGCUUCAAGGGACAAACAGGUAUCAAACACUGAAAGGGGUGGCAUAUACUGGAGGUGCCUGCGGCAUGCUCGGUUGUGGCAUAGUAUAUGUCGAUUCAGACGUGGUCAGCAGUUGCUCGACGAUUACCCACGAAAUACUUCAUAUCAUCGGCUCAGGACAUGAUGGGAAAGCAGCACAAGAUUACCUCGCGAACAGCCCAGGUGCUCUCAAUUGUCCUGAUGACCCAAAAUAUAUUAUGGCAGAAUAUUUUCAGCCAGAGGCAGAGUCCUACCUCCCUUUGUCUACUUGUACCCGUGAUCAAGUUAAGGCCUUUUUAAAAGCUCCAUAUGGUAAAUGCCUUUUAAAUAAUGAGUCUCGAGACUACCCACCGCUGUCUGAAGCCAUCUUCCGAAAGCCCAUCCUGAGCGGAGCUCGGUAUUGCAGAUACCUCCACAGUAAUUCAUCCCAUGUGGAAUACCUGCCGUAUUACAGCAACGAGAACAACAUUCAAAAGUGCAUUCUAGUUUGUAUAACAGUGGAUGCGGUGGGUGAGAAACUUCACAAUAUCCAUGCCGCACCAGACUACAUGGAUUGCCGCAAGUCUAGUGACAAAACAAAAAAGUUAUUCAAGUUUGCAUCAAAGACGUUGAUUCAAGAUAUACGCAGUGACCAAGUAUGGCAUGAAAAAGGGUCAUUGGAGACCAGCAUAGAGCUAGUGGCGGAUAACCAGUACUCCAAGCCAGCGUCAGGCUUACUUCGAACAGUGGUACCUACCCAUUCCCGCAUCUACGGUUACUCAUGA